AUGUUAAUAUCACAACUAAAAAAGUUUGAUGCUUACCCAAAGACAGUCGAUGAUUUUAGAGUAAAAACAUAUACAGGCGCAAUUGUAUCAAUCAUUGGGGGAGUAUUUAUAUUAUGGUUAUUCUUUUCUCAAGUUACAUUAUAUUUCUCAACUGAUAUUCAUCAUGAAUUAUUUGUAGAUACAACUCGUGGUGAAAAAUUAAAAAUUAAUAUGGAUAUUACUUUUCACCAUUUACCAUGUGCAUAUUUAAGUUUAGAUGCAAUGGAUGUUUCAGGUGAACAUCAAUUUGAUGUAGCACAUAAUAUAUUUAAGAAAAGAUUAUCACCAACAGGACAACCAAUUAUUGAAGCACCACCAAUUAGAGAGGAGGAGAUUAAUAAGAAAGAAUCAGUAAAGGAUAAUAAUGAUGUUGUUGGAUGUGGUAGUUGUUAUGGUGCUGAGGAUCCUUCAAAAGGUAUAGGGUGCUGUAAUACUUGUGAGGAGGUAAGAGUAGCAUAUAGUAAAAAGGGUUGGGGUUUAGAUCCAAGUGGUAUUCCACAAUGUAUUAGAGAAGGUUUCACAAAGAAUUUAGUUGAACAAAAUGGUGAAGGUUGUCAAGUAUAUGGUUUCAUUCUCGUCAAUAAAGUAGCUGGUAAUUUCCAUUUUGCACCUGGUAAAUCAUUCCAACAACAUCAUAUGCACGUUCACGACCUUCAACCAUUUAAAGAUGGUUCUUUCAAUGUUAGUCAUACAAUUAAUAGACUUUCAUUUGGUAAUGAUUUCCCUGGUAUUAAAAAUCCAUUAGAUGAUGUUACAAAAACUGAAAUGGUUGGAGUUGGUAUGUUCCAAUAUUUUGUUAAAGUUGUACCAACAAUUUAUGAAGGUUUAAAUGGUAAUAGAAUCGCAACCAAUCAAUAUUCAGUAACUGAACAUUAUCGUCUAUUAGCUAAAAAAGGUGAAGAACCAUCAGGUUUACCAGGUUUAUUUUUUAUGUAUGAUCUUUCACCAAUCAUGAUGAAAGUCUCUGAAAGAGGUAAAUCAUUUGCUUCUUUCUUAACAAAUGUUUGUGCAAUUAUUGGUGGUGUAUUCACUGUUUUCGGUAUCUUUGAUUCAUUCAUUUAUUAUUCGACAAAGAACCUUCAAAAGAAAAUCGAUUUAGGUAAAACCUUUUAA